AUGGGAACAGACCCGUCACCGCCUGAGGCCACACGUGAAAAUGACGACUCUGGCAGUAUCCGAGGCGGUGUCGCGGCACUCAACAUCGCUUCACAUACUCCAACUGAGGCAGAUGAUACAGACUCCCUUUCCAGUGCAAGUACAAGGACCUUAGUUCUGUGUGAAUUGCCCCCACUGGUCCCAAUGGCGCCCAUGCGUCCUGAUCUCCUCCACAAGGAGCAAUUUGCCCUGGUGUUUGGAGGCGUGAAGACCCAGAGCUACUCCGACCCAGCUGCCAAAGGUCCUGGUUCCCACACUAUUCGCACACUGGCCUGGAACCCCACUGGCCAACUGAUUGCCACUGGGUCUGCAGACAGAACAUUGCGCAUUUGGAACCCAGAUCGCCCCAACUUCCGAUACUCAACAGACUUGCGUGGCCAUACUGGUGCCAUUGAGAAGGUUCUUUUCAGUCCUGUGCGCGAUGCAGAGCUGGCUAGUUGCUCCGCUGAUGGCACAGUGCGCUUCUGGGAUGUGCGCUCCAAGACAUGUGUGAGCCGACUGGAUGUUGGUGGGGAGGCUUUCACUAUGUCUUGGUCUGCAGAUGGUAGUACAAUGGUGGUUGGCAAGAAGGAUGAUACCCUAAUCCCCAUCUCGGUCAAAUACCCUUCCGCUCCGACCACACACCCUGAUGGCAUCAAAGCCUUGAACCUCCCCUCUACACCGGGCACCACAACAUACACGGCCCUCGAUCCUCACCCCCAAUCUGUCCAGACCAAUGCCACUACUUUCCCUUGGUGUAUGCCAACACCAGAACACCCGGAACAACACAUAUUUGUUACCACUGGCGAAGGCAAAGUCAAGAUCAUGGAAUAUCCUUCUUUUGAUGUGGUACACACCCUCAAUGCACACACUUCAGCUUGUCUUUCAAUUGCACUCGCCCCAACAGGCCGGUACCUUGCGGUGGGAGGAAGCGACGCUCUUAUUUCCCUGUGGGACACGACAGACUGGAUCUGUCGCCGCACACUCUCCAGUGAGAAUGGAGGUGCGAUCCGAGGUGUGAGCUGGAGCUUCGAUGGCCGCUUUGUUGUGGGUGCCUGUGAUGAGCUGGGCUGUAGUGGUAACGGCCUUGAGAUCUUCCAUGCAGAGUCUGGGGAUAGCAUCUACACAAUUCCGACUGCUGGCCACAAUGCGGGUGUUUCGGCUGUUGCAUGGCAUCCAUCACGAUAUUGGUUGGCUUAUUCAACUACAACGGAUGGACCUGGUAGCUCCAAUUCUGGGGGCUUAAAGAUUGUCGGUGCUGCGGGCGGUGGUCUGUGA